AUGUCCGCCAACCCUCCCACCCAACCUACGUUGCCGCCCAGUCGGAAUCGAAACUCGCUUCUCUCCAAGUUUCGCUCUCCGCUUGGCCAACGCAAUCGAGGCAUCACUGACUUCUAUAUCGACCCCGAUGACCCAUGGCGCUCCUAUUUCCCCGGUGAUGUCAUCAAGGGAACUGUCGUUGUGACAGUCGUCCGGCCCGUCCGCAUCACGCAUAUCGUGGUUUGUCUCCAUGGGUAUGUCAAAGUGUUCAAGAACGCGAUUCCGGCAGGCGAAGCCACCCCCGACUUGGGUUUCUUGGGACCAGGGCGGGGUCGACGAGGUGCAGAAUACAUGGGAAACGGAUUGGCAACCCUUUUUGAAGAUGAAGUUGUUCUCUGUGGUGACGGUCGGCUGAAGGAGGGCAUCUACAAAUUCCGUUUCGAAAUGGGGCUUCCGCCUUAUGCGCUUCCCAGCAGCAUCAACUUCGAACGCGGCAUCAUCGGCUACUCACUUACCUCUACCCUAACCCGACCAACUACCAUGAAUCCUACUCUCACCUGCCGAAGGCGAGUCAACCUCCUAGAAAACAUCGACAUCGCACCAUUUCCUGCCCCCAAAGCUCGCAUAGUCACAUUGGAACCUAUAUCAAAACGCUCGAAGACGAGGAGCAAAACCAAAUCACAAAGCUCGGACGCAACAGCAGCACCCGACACAUCUUCAAUCGAUACCCCUAUAAGUGGCGCAGCCCCCUCGGUGGACGCCAGGCCCCCGCUCAGCCCCUCGCCAAGCAAUGUCAGCUCAUCCAGCCGACCGAGUGAAAGUAGCUUGAGCUUUCAGAUCGCGAGCGACCCAAGUUCAUCGGCGAGCACGAGUGGACGAAAUAGCGAAUCUCGCAGCGCGACAGCCUCUGUCUCCGACAAAACCAUCACCGCCAAGGCUGAGCUUUUGCGCGCCGGGGUGCUUCCCGGCGAUACAUUACCCAUCACAGUCACUAUAAACCAUUUCAAACAAGUGCGCAGUGCGCAUGGCAUCAUGGUAACUCUAUACCGCCAGGGUCGUAUUGAUCUACAUCCCGCAAUUCCCGUUGGAUCAACGGCAGCUGGAAAGAAGCCGGUCUACGAGGAUUGUUAUCCUCGAUCAAGGACUGGGCUUGGAGGACUCACAUUGGGAACAAGUCGAACAAGCAGCACAUUUCGUAAAGAUCUGUCGCAGACAUUCGCCCCACUGAUCGUCGAUCCUAGCAAUAUGACUGCAGUAGUCAAAACGUCUAUCAGGAUCCCGGAGGACGCGUUCCCAACCAUCACGCGUGUACCCGGGGCCAUGAUCAAUUUCCGUUACUACGUGGAGGUGGUUACGGACCUGCGUGGCAAGAUCACCUCGCCUGAUCGCUUCAUUCCACGUUUUAAUAUGGUAUCGGGCGGCACAAAUUUCUCGCCCAGCGGGCAAGUUCUCAACCCGACCGAUUCAAACGGCGUUACUGCCAAUUGGGCUGGUAAUAUUCUUGACACAGAUGCGAUCCGUCGCGAGAAAGGUGUUAUAUCAGUGGCCUUUGAGGUCGUCAUUGGCACUCGCGAUUCUCAGCGAGGGAAAACGAAACGCACCUCAUCUACAGCUGGUGACUCCACCAUGUCACAAGUGGUGCCUCCUACAUCUACUAUGGUAGUCAAUCCUGUAGAUGGGGAAGAGUGGCCUGAGGCAAGUCCAUUGCCUAAUCCCCAUUCUGACCACGGGAUUCAAGAGGACUAUUUCCACGAGGAAGAGGAACAUUGGGCUGAAUAUCCAGAGGAAUACUCUGAAAACUUCCAGCCCAUGGAACCAAUGCUUGCACCUCCGGAACUCGAGGAACCCGUGGACGAGAAAGCACGGGUGCGCCGACAUGAAGAGGCCCUUUUGCCUAGUCAACCGCCGGGCGAAGACGACGCAGGGCCAUCUACCUCGCCGACGGAUGUCCCAACCGCACCAGUCUUGCCAGACGACCACCAUCUCCAAGACUAUGAGCAUCUACCAUCCCCGGACACCACCGGGAGGCCGCAUAUUACCCGUUCUGCAGACUCCAUGCAGACUGUCGUUGUGAACGGCACUGCCGGGCCCAGUGAGCCAGGUGCCUCAGAUGAUAAACAGGAGCUUGAGCGCCACCGACUGCAAGAUCAGGUAAGUGCGCCUCAAGAUGAACCCGAACCGGAGCAGGCUGGGCCAAGUGCACCGGUCUUCGAUGAGGACGACCAACUGGUUGGUGGGACGGCGCAUGCAGACGAGUCAUUACCUCGGUACCAGCCAACCUGCUUCUUCCUCGGCAUCAUCUUCUCUCUAUUCCCCUACGACUACCCAAUCCUCUGGUCAACCGUGACCACCCCAGCUGCCCACUAUGACUACCUGGAAGCCCACCUGCGCUUCCUGCACGCCUCGCCCCCGCUCAUUCCUCGCAUCCUGCAUAUUGUGAUCUUCCUCGGUCUCGCCGGCCUCCUCACCAAGCUCUACAAACCCUCCGAGUCAAACAUGCUCUUCGACGGCGCCUCCCUGGUCCUUUACAUGUGCGGUGUAACAGUAUACAUCGCCAACAUCGUCAAGGGUCUGCGCCUCGCCUCAGCGGGCCAGUACGGCGCCGAGCUCGCCACCACCCCCGAUGAGAAAGAGCAGAUCCUCGGCCGCGAGGACUCCCUCAAGGUCCUUUCCGCUAGUAAUACCAUUCUUGCCUUAGUUCUGGUUGGCAUUCUGGUCCUCCAGGCUGGUCAAUGGUAUGCCGAGCGCAAGGAUGCGCAGGAAACCGAGUCGUUUGCCAAGGAUAAAAAGGAGGAGAAAGAGUCUGCUGACUCCGGUGCUACUUCUGGUACCUCCACUGCUACCGCUGGUAAGCCUGGCCGACAAGGGAGUCAGCGCAAGAGGGGCAAUUGA